GUGACAUCACACCUGUGACGUAGCAUUAGCGAGACCACAUCUGCGCGACUAUAAAGCGCAAGCCGGGAGAUCCAGCCAGCACAUCCAAAAAGCACUCUCAGGUUCAGGUUCGGAGCCAGACUCGCUCGAGAUGAUGAUGAAGAACCUCCUCGCGCUCCUCUCGCUGCUCUCCUGCCUCGCGCUGAGCGCUGCCAGCCCGCGCCCGCUGCGCCAUCCCCCUCGCUCCCCCCCGCUGGACAGCUCCGAGACCUGGAACAACCUCUUCACCAUGUGCAAGGACGCAAGGGCGCAAGACAAAGACCACGAGACGCGGCUGAUCCCCAGGAUCCCGAGCGAGAAGAUGAAAGAUGGGACAAUGUGCUGCGGGAACGUCAAGAUCCUCGAGUACUACCUGAACCAUAUCCUGCACCAGGUCACCGGCAGCUAUUCUCGGAUGGACCUGGUCAGGCAUGAGCUGCGCAGAGUGGCCAGAGACCUGGAGCCUCACUGUCGCUCCAACCUGGCUGGCCAUGAGCACUUUCAGAGCUUCACAGAGAACCUGCAGCUGGCUGGACAGAUGUACAAGAGUAAUGCUACAGCCCACAACAAGGCAAUAGGAGAGACUGAUAUCCUCUUCCACUACCUCUACGAGACCUGCAAACCCCAGGCCUGAAGCUUCGAGGAGCAGCUUACUGUUCAAUAUGCUCUGCCUUAUUUCUGACCCCAAAAAGUGUUUUUUGAAACAUUGCUGUUUUAAUAUUUAACAUGCAAAUUGUUAUUUAUUUGUUUGAUAUUUAUUUUGUCUAUUUAUUAUAUAUUAUGACUAAAUGCUUGAGUUUUUACAGACAGUACACUCACACAGUGUGUGCCUGCACUGUUGCAAGUCAUUGUAAGGCCUAACAAGAGGCCACAGAAAUAUAUACCUGGCUUGGAGUCAAAGUCCAGAGCCAGGGCACUGGAAUGUAAAUGCAUUAUAAAAGCAUUUUUACUCUCUUUUUUAUUUUAAUAUUGAAAUUUGUAUUCUUUAAUAUUGCCUUAUUUAAAACUGCACUUCUACAAAUGUUAUUG